UGUUGCUGCAGUCACUGAGCCGGCAUAAGGAGGAGAGGAGGGGGGUGAGAGAGGACAUAGGGCAACAAGGGACCCAACAAGGACUGAGGCACCCUCAGAGCAGCUGCACAAGUCCCUCCACUCACCCCACACAGAGGACAGUAACACCACAAGUGCCACAGACCCUCCUCACAGCACACUGGCCAAGGAAGGUGCUCUAUGUGGUGACUUUGUAACACUUUGUACAGAGAGAAGAGAAGAGAGACUAUAGAACCCUCCUCAUUGUAACCAUAUAGCAGGGAGCCGGCAGCAGCCUCCAGCCUGUACAUAGUAUAUACCUGUAUAUAUAGAUCCAUAUAACAUAGCCUCUAUUGCAUAGUAAUAUAUUAUCGCCCAGCAGCAGCAUCAGAGUUCUGAUCCCUGAGGGUGUCAAUGGGGGAUUACGGGUUCGGGCUGCUGCAGACGGCCGGGAGCGGUGCCGGCAGCGGGGGAGGCAGCGGCUUGUUCGGCGGGGGGGCAGCGUUCAGGGCCAGCAGCAACCAGUUCACCUCGUCCGCGGGCAGCGCCCUCUUCCUGCCCGGCUACCAGCAGGUGGUGCAGGACGAGCUGCUGCUGGGCAUGAGCUGCGCCCCGGGGAAGCUCGGCAAGAACGGAGGAGGAGGAGGGGGGCACCACCACCACCACCACCAGGUCUCCCCGCUGCUGCUGCUGCCGCCCGGGCACAAGAGGAAGGACUUCUGCAGCAGCAGCUGCCCCCAGGAGAGCGCGGCGUUCAGGGAGGAGCUGAAGAAGCCGCCGGGGGAGGCUAGUCACGGCAGCAGUCAGGGAUCGCCCAGAGCGGAGGAUCUGGGUGUGGAGGGUCCGGACAAGCUGCUGCCAGCCUCCCCGUCCUCCUCCUCCUCGUCCUCCUCCUCCUGCUGCAGUGCUGGCUCGGCCGUGGUGGAGGUGGCUACAGCUAGGGAGGCUCAUGCCACGGGCUCCCCUCCUCCUUCUCUGGGUCACCAGCUGCCAGUCAGGACCAAGAUGCAGAUGGAGGCACAGGGUGGGCACCUGCUGAGCGGGGGCAGCCCCUUCCCCGGAUCCCCGGAGCUGCCCAGCAGCAGCAGCCAGAGCCCCGGGGCGCCCGGCUCCUCUCCCUCGCUGCCAGGCUUCGGCACCCCCUGGUCCGUGCAGACUUCUUCCCCUCCGCCGCCUCCCCCCCAGCAGCAGCCGGCUGCGCCCCACCCUGCCGGCCCCAACCUCAACUCCCUGCAGAGCCAGGAGCCUGACAGCUACUACCCCGGCAUCCCCUCCUCCAUCAACCCGGCCUUCUUCCACAGCUACUCCCAGGUCUCUGCCAACCCGUGCCCUGGGAUGAACGUCCCCGGAUUCAGCAGCCCUUUCUCGGCUCAGAUCAGCAUCACCCAGCAGCAACAGCAGCAGCAGAGCCGGAGGUCCCCGGUCAGCCCCCAGCUGAACCCCCAGCACCACCAGGCUGCAGCCUUCCUCCAGCAGAGGAACAACUACAACCACCAUCAGCCUCUGGUCAAGCAGUCUCCAUGGACCAGCCACCAAGGAAGCGGCUGGAGCACAGGCAGCAUGUCCUGGGCCGGGAUGCAUGGCCGAGAUCGCCGCACUGCAAACAUGGGGAUACCUGGUACCAUGAACCAAAUUUCCCCCCUAAAGAAGCCCUUUUCUGGGAAUGUCAUCGCCCCGCCCAAGUUCACACGCUCCACGCCAUCACUCACUCCCAAAUCCUGGAUUGAUGACAACGUUUUCAGAACAGACAACAACAGCAAUUCUCUCUUACCCUUACAGGUAAGAAUGGAUCGGAGCAGAAUGUAUGACAGUUUGAAUAUGCACUCAUUGGAAAAUUCCCUCAUUGAAAUAAUGAGAGCUGAACACGAUCCCUUAAAGGGUCGUUUGAACUACCCACAUCCAGGAAGUGACAGUCUUCUGAUGUUAAAUGCAAGGAGUUAUGGGAGAAGACGAGGUCGCUCCUCUCUGUUCCCAAUAGAUGAUGGAUUGCUGGACGAUGGACAUAAUGACCAAGUUGGCAUCUUGAAUUCUCCCAAUUGCUAUUCUGGACAUCAGAAUGGCGAGAGAAUUGAGCGCUUUUCAAGGAAGGUGUUUGUUGGGGGUCUACCACCUGAUAUAGAUGAAGAUGAGAUCACUGCCAGUUUCCGUCGGUUUGGCCCCCUGGUGGUAGAUUGGCCGCACAAGGCAGAAAGCAAAUCCUACUUUCCUCCAAAAGGUUAUGCAUUUCUUCUCUUCCAAGAAGAAAGCUCUGUUCAAGCACUUAUUGAAGCCUGUAUUGAAGAAGACUCAAAACUUUAUCUGUGUGUCUCUAGUCCUACCAUCAAGGACAAGCCCGUUCAGAUACGUCCUUGGAAUUUGAGUGACAGCGACUUUGUCAUGGAUGGGUCACAGCCGCUUGAUCCCCGAAAAACUAUAUUCGUGGGAGGUGUCCCCAGACCCCUGAGAGCUGUGGAACUGGCCAUGAUUAUGGAUCGUCUCUAUGGAGGGGUGUGCUAUGCGGGAAUUGAUACCGAUCCAGAAUUGAAGUACCCCAAAGGUGCUGGGCGAGUUGCAUUUUCUAAUCAGCAGAGUUACAUUGCGGCCAUCAGUGCUCGGUUUGUGCAGCUCCAGCAUGGUGAUAUUGAUAAAAGAGUAGAGGUGAAACCAUACGUGCUGGAUGACCAGAUGUGCGACGAAUGCCAGGGAGCCCGCUGCAGUGGAAAAUUUGCUCCGUUCUUCUGUGCCAACGUCACUUGCCUGCAGUAUUACUGCGAGUUCUGCUGGGCGAACAUCCACUCUCGCGCCGGUCGAGAGUUCCACAAGCCACUGGUGAAGGAAGGAGCAGACCGGCCUCGUCAGAUCCACUUCCGCUGGAACUAAGAAUUGCUUAUCUACCACUCACUGAGAGAUGGGUGCAUGCGGCUUACUGUGUUUAAAAAUACUGACAUGCAGAAGAAAUAAGUGCAUUCUUCUGCUUUUCACCCCAGCCCUCUAUCCGUGCAUCUGUAUCAGCAGCCAAAACACUAAAAGCCUCGUGUUUUCACCAAAACCCCACAUCUCAGGCUUAUUGAUUAUUUUGUUAUAUUUUUCAUGUUAAAAUAUUUUUUUUAUAUAUAUAUAUUUUUUCCCAAGUUCUUUUUUUUUUUUAAAUUUUAUAUAUGUAAUGCUGAAAUUAGAUAUGGGAAUGUUCUGCAUAGGGGCAACACAGUCUGCUGCUAUAUAUAUAGAUCUAUAAGGAUGAAGUGUGCACUUAUUUCUAGACAUGAAUUUUUAAAUUAAAGAUCAGCCCCAGUUAUUUACCAAAGGUAGCAAUUAAUAGUGAAAAUGGAAAAUGUCUGCUACUAAAAAGAUUAUUUUUAUUGUUGCUAUUUUAAGUGUGUAUGUAAAUUAAAAAUAAAUAUAGGGUUGAUUUUUUUUUUUUGCUCUCCAUUUUGACUUGCAAGAAAUAAUACCUCAAGAUAAUCUGAUUUUUAUUAGCUAUUUUUAAACAUUUUUAAUCAUAAGCUGUAUUAGCUUUGCUGCUAUAUAGGUGUUGUGUGUAAUGCCACCUAUUUAUACAGGAUUAAAAAGUUUUCAAAAUCUGCAUUGCAGAAUAAUGCAGGCAGCACAAUAUGGCCGGAACUGCCAUAGUUUUAGAAUGUGAAAUAUGCAUGUUUACCUACCUGUCUACACCAUAUGCAUGCACUAGAACUAUUAACUAACCACAGAUACGGUAUUGCAAGGUACAGUAGCAUGAGCUAAAUUUACAAAUUUUGUAGCAAAAAAAUAAAUAACAAACAUAUUUGCAUGAAUUGUGACUCAAGUAAAACAAAUGUCCUUUAAUGUGUACAAUAUGAAAAUUUGUUUUAGAUUAGUAAGUGCAGCCAUUUUGUGUCCUGGUUAGUCGUGGACUUCAAUUUACAAGGAUUGGAUGUGAUACUGUAAUCCCCGUGCAAUAGUUGUGAUGUGUGGUUCUGACUCUUGUGAUGUGAAGUAGCAUAGAAAAAAAAAUAUUAAAUUGUAUUAAAAGUUUUUGCGUAGCUUCCCCUGCCCAAUUUAAAAUGUCAUGGUUUAAAACUUUCUAUAAAAACCAAAGAUGGCCAGCACAUUUAAUCAGUCACCAAAUGUAUAACUCAAAUGCUAUUUAGGUGUGCAAAUUAGUAAGAAAUAAUAUUACUAUUAAUAAUAAAAUGCUUAAUGCUUUAGAGUAAAAUUAAAGUCAAAAUGGAGAUGGUAUAAUGCAGGCGGCUAGUUGCAUAACAAUUCCCCGCUACCUUCAAGACAACAGUGAUACGUGGCUAAAACUUUAUUUUGAAAUUGGUUUCCUCUGCACACUUUUUUUUUAACGUUUAUUUUUUUAUAUAAUUUGAUUAAGGCUGCUAAAUGACCGCACAUUUUUUAUUAUAUAUUUAUUUUAAGAAGCCAACAGUAAAGAAUAAAAGUUUUGGCUAGGAAAAAUAUAUUAAACAUCUAUAAAAAAAAUAUUUCAAUACCAGUAAGCCAUGAGGUUAUGCAACUAGCCCACAACAAAUAUUUCAGUAUAAUUUUUUUUUAAAAAUUGGAAUAUUUUCACUCCACAAGUAUACCAAUUUAAUGCAGAAAGAAUCAAGACAAAAAUGGGUUUUUUCGGUACAACCCAUGGGACAAUCUUCUGUGUAUGAAAAUUGCGUUCUUACCGGUUGUCAACAGCGUGCUUUUUUUGUACUGUACGAUAUGUGACUUGUCUCACCUUGAUGUUUCAAUGUGGUUGUAGUUCACGUUUUAAAUGUUUGAAAUUGUUACUGUUCUAAAGAGUGCUUCUUUCUAAUUUAUUUAUGUACCCUUACCUGUUCCUUAAACAGACCUGUCAUGUUCCCUUGGUCUUCAUAUUAUUAAUAGUAUUUUAUCGACCGUAACCCUCCCCUCCUAACUCCAAAACAAUUCUGACUUUGUUAUGCACUAUAUUUUUUUAUCUCUAAGAGAAAUCUUUGACAGUCAGCUGUUUUGAAAUGCGCUUGUUUUAAUUAACAUCUCUUUUUGCAAUACCUCAAUUUUUGGGAUUUCUAAGAAGAAGAAAAAAAAUAAUCUCGCCAUUAAUCUUAUUAAACUAAUAAAUUGGAGAGGCGCAUCUGCUCAAGUGAGACAACAAAAUUCAAUUUAAAAUUGUUGGGAAAAUAUCCCUUUCUACCAAAUAUUUAGAGAAAAUAUUUGGAAUAUGAAAUGGAAAAUAUUCUAAAUGGGGAUUGGCAGAAAGUCAUUUUAUUGUCAUUUCACUUCUGUGUGGAGCAGUUAAUGCUGCUUCAAGUUCUAAUCCUGCUUUUUGUGUGUGUACUUGUGUGUAGUAAAUUCUUAUUUUCUAAUUGUUGAACACUGUAUUGGAUUUUUUAUAAAUCAUAUUUAUUUUACUAUUUUUGUAGAAGAUUGCUAGUUGAUUUUGAUUGUAUUUUUAUAUUUUUAAAGCUUCACUUUUGCUCCCCCAAUGUGCAUAUUGCUGCCCAAGUAUAUGACUAUGGAGGAAAAAAAAAUUAAAAUCCACACUUUUUGUUAAGAAGGAAACAUUUAGCAUUUAUAUAUUUGUGUAUGGACAACACUUGAUAUUGUAUCCCUGACGCAUCUGGCUGCACAAUGCCUCUCCUCAAAGAUGCUAGAAAACUUGAAUAUAACACAUUUUGGAAGGCUGAUUAACCUCGAUUCUGUGUUGUGAUGUGCAAUACUGUUUCUAAUAUUUGUAUAAAAAAAAACAGUGUAAACCUUUUUAAUGCAAAUUUAUUUUUUUCAUUGCAUAUUUUGCAGAUUUUAUCCACAGUGUCAUUUUUUACUGUCAGAAAAGAUACCCCUUUUGUCAUUGCAACUAUUUUUUAAAAUCCAGAAAUCUUUGUACUGAUGUAAAUGAUUGUAGUUAUUUUGGAUAGUGUUUUGCUAACAAAAGGAGAGACUUUUUUCAUGCAUAUUUCUAUUUUGUUGGUUUUUUGUGUUUUUUUUUUUCGUUUUUGUUUUUUAGAAGUAAUAUUCUUGUCAUUAAUAUCAUUUUGUAUUUUUAUGUGGGAAAAAUAUAAUUUUAUGACGCUAAUUGCUAAAGUUUUAUUUUAUUUUGAAUUAUUUUUGGAGCUGAGAUCUUUAUACUAUUAAAGCAACUAGUUUCUAAUUCAGAGUUUCUGUAUAGAAUGGCACAAGUGGCUUACGGAGUGUUUGGAUUGUAAUUAUUAAAGGUUCUUUGAUAUGCAAAUUUAGUUGAUUUAUAUUUUUUGGGUAUUCUGUAUAAUUAAGAGCCCACGCUUAAGGACACUAGGUGAUUGCCUUCAGCUUGAACUUUUUAUUUUUUUGAGAUAGUUUAGUUAAAAUUUUACUGUUAUCUUCCAGGUGUCUAAAUCUCCAGUCUGUCUGUUGUACUGGUAAUUUAACUCUGUAAUGAAAUAGUUUGCUGCCAACUAUUUAUAUUAAGUAAUUUUUAAAUAUUUGUAAUAUUGUUGACUGACUAAUAAACUUAAGUUAUUGGCA